CAGCAGCAAACAGGCCACUGGAGGGUGACUGGCUUCUCAGAAAAGCAGCAGCAAUAGCAAGACCCGGCAGCGUCGCUUUCAAAGGAGAUGGAGAACAGGGAAAAGGAGCUACAAGCACCGGUUGCUUGUCCGAGCAAGUCUGGCUCCCAACAUCCAUACCCCAGACCAACCCAGCCUAUUGCUCCGAUGGAAAACAUCAAAGAACUGCAGCAAAAGUUAAAGGAAGAGAAAGAGGCCAAGCGAGCCCAUCUGGAUGGAAGACAUGAUUAUAUAUUCUCCAUCAUUGCUUCCUGUGUGGAUCUUGAAAAGGCAGAAGUGGAAGAUGCAAUUCUUGAAGGAAAUCAGAUUGAGCGUAUUGAUAAAUUCUUUACUGUUGGUGGCUUUCGUCAUGUCAUGUUCUACUAUCAAGACAUGGAGGGAUUUGAAACAGGACUUGGAAGCUCAGCAGGCAUUAAUUCUCACCCUGCUAAGAACAAAAAACUUAAAUUAUUUGUGACAGAAGGAAAUGAUGUUGCUUUAACUGGCAUAUGUGUGUUCUUCAUUAGAACGAACCCUUCCAAAGCAAUCACUGCAGAGAAUAUUCACCGUGAAGUGGUUUUCAAUAUGAUGGAUACAACUCAUGGUGGUUUGCUGAACAGUGUGCAGCACUUGCUAUCAGAUAUCUUCAUACCAGCCCUGAAGACUAUGAACUAUGGCUGGGGAGAGUUAAGUGGCCCUCGGAAAGGAAUGAAUGUCAAACAGGAUUUUCUUGCUUCUCUAGAGGGAUUUGUUAGUGUCCUUUCAGGAGCUCAGCAGAGUCUGUUGGAGAAGGUAAAUUUGAAGGAGUGUGAUACCUAUGAUUUGAAAACCCUGAAAGGACCUGCAGACUACCUGAUUGCAGCAAACAGCACAGAGACUCUGGAACGAAUUGAAGCUUGCAUGAAAGUGUGGAUUAAGCAAAUUGAACAGGUCAUUGCUGAAAAUAGCCAAUUGCGAAAAGAAGCAGAUGACCUUGGACCACGAGCAGAGCUGGAUCACUGGAAAAAGCGACUCUCUAAAUUUAAUUACUUGUUGGACCAGCUUAAGACUCCAGAUGUGAAGGCUGUGCUUGGAGUGCUUACCGUUGCUAAAUCAAAACUUCUAAAGAGCUGGCGAGAGUUGGAUAUUAGGAUCACUGAUGCAGCAAAUGAGGCCAAAGACAAUGUGAAGUAUUUGUACACACUUGAGAAAUGCUGUGACCCGCUGUACAACAGUGAUCCAGUGAUGAUGGUAGAUGCUAUCCCAGGACUCAUACAUGCUAUCAAAAUGAUCCACAAUAUCUCACGUUACUAUAACACGUCAGAGAAGAUAACUUCCCUGUUCGUGAAGGUUACAAAUCAAAUGAUAACUGCCUGCAAGGCUUAUAUUACUAAUAACAAUACUGCCACCAUCUGGGACCAACCACAAGAUGUAGUUUUGGAAAAAAUACAAGCUGCUAUAAGACUUAAGCAGGAAUACCAAAACUAUUUUCACAAGACCAAAAAAAAAUUGGAACAGAGACCAGAUGAAAGGCAGUUUGAUUUUAGUGAGAUGUAUAUCUUUGGAAAAUUUGAAACGUUCCAUCGCCGCUUACUUAAGAUUAUGAAAAUCUUUGACAUCAUCACAACCUAUUCAGUUUUACAAGAUUCCAAGAUGGAAGGACUAGAAGUGAUGGCAACAAAAUAUCAGGGCAUUGUGACCACCAUGAAAAAAAAGCAAUACAACUUCUUGGAUCAACGGAAAACUGAUUUUGAUCAAGACUAUGAAGAGUUUUGCAAGCAAACCAAUGAUCUUCAUCAACAAUUGCAGACUUUCAUGGACAUUACCUUUGAAAACAUUACAAAUACAGAAAGAGCUCUAUAUAUGCUGAAGAAAUUUGAAAGGCUAGGAAUCCCCAACCUUGGCAUUGACGAGAAAUACCAGGUAAUUCUUCAGAACUAUGGCCAUGACAUUGAGGUGGUCUCCAAACUCUACUCCAAGCAAAAGAACGACCCCCCAUUGGGACGUAACCUUCCUCCAAUGGCUGGUAAGAUCUUGUGGGCACGGCAGCUUUUUCAGAGAAUCCAGGAGCCCAUAAGUCUUUUCCAAAACAACUCCACAGUUCUGCAGACAGCAGAGGCAAAACCCAUUAUCCGCAAUUACAACAGGGUGGCUAAAAUCCUUCUAGAGUUUGAGGUGGUCUAUCACAGAGGAUGGCUUCAACAGGUGCAGCUAAGUAAAGCAGGACUUCAGGCAUCAUUGCUAGUGAAAGCUCCAGAGACUGGAGAAAUCUUUGUGAAUUUUGAUCCAGAGAUUCUCACUUUAAUAAGAGAAACUCAGUGCAUGGCUCGCAUGGGGCUAGAAAUACCACCAUUUGCCAUUGCUCUUCAGCAAAAAAGUGACUCUUACAAAAAGGACGUGAAUAAACUGCAGAUGAUGCUGGCAGAAUAUAAGAGAGUUAAAUCCAAAAUCCAAGCUCCUCUUCAUGUGCUAAUGGCUCCCCAUGUGGCAAAAGUGGAUGAGGCUAUACAGCCUGGAAUGACCACACUGACCUGGACAUCCCUAAAUAUUGAGAUGUAUUUGCAGAAUAUAUUGAACAAACUUGCUGACCUUGAGCUGCUGCUAGAUCGAAUAAAUGACUUGAUAGAAUUUCGUAUUAAUGCUGUUCUUCAAGAAAUGAGCACAGUGCCCCUCUGCAACCUUCCAGAAGAUGAUCCACUGACCUGUGAGCAAUUUCUUCACAUGACCAAGGAACUCUGUACUAAGGGUGCAUACAUGCUGCAUCUGAAAAGCUCAUUAGUAGAAGAAGCAACCAAUGAGCUUAUCAAUAUGUUAUUGGAUAUGGAUGCACAAAACAAAAGUGAUACUGAAAGUAGAACUGAGGAAAUUGAUGAAGCAGCAGAAGAUGAUGGCCCACCAGACAUCUUAGCUUCAUCACACACUCCUAGCCAACUUUCAACAGCAUUAUCUACUCCUUUAACUAAGAAAAAGAAGAAAGAAAUGGAAAUGCUAGAAGAAGAAGCCCAAGAACUGCUGUCUCAUUUCAGCCAUCGCAAUGUGGAUGCUCUUCUGAAGGUUACUCGCAACACCCUGGAGACCAUACGCAAGCGCAUUCAAGCUUCUUCUAUUAUCAGCUUCUUAGAUAAUGAGAAUGCUCUUAAGCAGAAGCCAGUUGUUCAGCCUAUAUUUCAGGCAAAUGUUAUUCUUUCCAUCCCGAAUUUUGCUAUAAUGCCAUCUCUUGAGGAAGUCCAGCAAACACUCAGCAGAGCUGUAGACACUAUUGUAAGUGUUAUGAAAGGAGUUGGCCAAUGGAGUAAGGAGAGACUGUCCAAGAAAGGCAUGCUAGAAAGAAAAAUGGCUGCUUUACAAAAUGAUGGUGAUGGUGAUUCUGAGAAUGAAAUGCAACAAACUGAAGUUGAAAACAUCCUUGAUACUGCUUCAGAUUCAGCUUCUUUGAACUUGCCUUCUACUAUCCAAACCAAGAACUAUUACAAAAUCAUUUCUGAGAAUAAAGAAAUAAUUAAGCUGAUGUCUGUUCUUAGUACAGCUAUUACUUCCACCAAAAGGGAUGUCCUUGCAGCCCUGGAGCGUUUCAAAUGUUACCAUCACAUCUGGCAACAGGAGAAAGAGGAGACAAUUGGAGAUUUUGUUAAAGGAAGCCCGUUGCUCUCUGAAUUUGAAUCCCAAAUCCUUUAUUACAGAGACUUAGAACUAGAAAUUAACUCGGAGCCUGAGUACAUCUGUGUGGGAACUGUUGCUCUAUACACUGAGGAUCUGAAGCUGGCCCUUACAACAGAAACAAAAUCAUGGAUGGUUGCAUUUGGUCGUCACUGUAACAAAACCUACAGGACAGAGAUGGAGAACAUCUUUACCUUUGUGGAGGAAAUUAGCAAGAAACUGAACCGUCAGAUUAAAGACUUGGAUGAUAUAAGAAUAGCUAUGGCUGCCCUGAAAGAAAUUCGGGAGCAGCAGAUCCUCAUUGACUUUCAAGUAGGACCAAUUGAGGAGUCUUAUGCAAUGUUAAACAAAUAUGAGUUACUGGUGGCAAAGGAAGAGAUGGAAAAAGUAGACACACUGCGCUAUACCUGGGAGAAACUGCUGGUCCGAGCAAAUGAAGUGCAGAAUGAAUUAGUAGCAUUGCAGCCUAAAUUUAGAGGAGAGCUGAUAAGUACAGUGGAGAUAUUUGUUGAAGACUGUGAUCAGUUUUACUUGGAUUAUGACACGAAUGGCCCCAUGGUUGCUGGUCUUGAACCCCAGGAAGCCAGUGACAGGCUGAUCAUGUUCCAGAAUCGAUUUGACAAUCUUUAUCGGAAAUACAUCACCUACACUGGAGGCGAAGAGCUAUUUGGCUUACCGGUGACUCAGUACCCACAGCUCCUUGAGAUAAAGAAGCAGCUCAACUUGUUACAGAAGCUUUACGGUCUUUACAACAGUGUCAUUGAAACUGUAAAUGGCUAUUAUGAUAUCCUCUGGUCUGAAGUGAACAUUGAGAAGAUUAAUAAUGAACUCCUUGAGUUUCAGAACAGGUGCCGUAAGUUGCCACGAGCUUUGAAGGAAUGGCAAGCCUUUCUGGAUCUUAAGAAAACAAUAGAUGAUUUCAAUGAAUGUUGCCCCCUGUUUGAGCUCAUGUCCAAUAAAGCCAUGAUGGCCCGUCACUGGAAACGUAUUACUGAUCUUACAGGCCACAAUUUUGAUGUUGAAAAUGAAACUUUCAAGCUGAGAAACAUCAUGGAAGCACCGUUGCUGAAGUAUAAAGAAGAGAUAGAGGAUAUCUGCAUCAGUGCAGUGAAGGAGAAGGACAUUGAACAGAAGCUGAAACAAGUGAUUGCCGAGUGGGACAACAAAACAUUUACUUUUGCUAAUUUUAAAGCCCGUGGAGAGUUGCUCUUGAGAGGAGACAGCACUUCUGAGACAAUUGCAAGCAUGGAAGACAGCUUGAUGGUUUUAGGGUCCCUGAUGAGUAACAGAUACAACACACCUUUCAAGGCUCAGAUUCAGAAGUGGGUACAGUAUUUGUCCAACACAACUGACAUCAUUGAGAACUGGAUGACGGUACAGAAUUUGUGGAUAUACUUAGAGGCUGUCUUUGUAGGUGGAGACAUUGCCAAACAGCUUCCAAAGGAAGCCAAGCGUUUCUCUAAUAUUGAUAAAUCAUGGGUGAAGAUCAUGACCAGAGCCCAUGAAAUACCAAAUGUGGUCCAGUGCUGUGUUGGAGAUGAAACAAUGGGACAGCUUCUUCCACAUUUGUUGGAUCAACUGGAAAUUUGUCAAAAGUCUCUGACAGGGUAUUUGGAGAAAAAGCGCCUUUCGUUUCCCCGUUUCUUUUUUGUAUCAGACCCUGCUCUUCUGGAAAUCCUGGGCCAAGCUUCAGAUUCUCACACAAUCCAGGCUCACUUGCUAAAUGUUUUUGAUAACAUCAAAUCUGUGAAAUUCCAUGAAAAGAUCUAUGAUCGGAUUCUUUCCAUUUCCUCUCGGGAAGGUGAGACAAUUGAAUUGGAAAAGCCUGUAAUGGCAGAAGGAAAUGUGGAGGUUUGGCUCAAUUCCCUUUUGAAGGAGUCUCAAGCUUCAUUACAUCUUGUGAUUCGACAGGCAGCUGCAAGCAUUCAGGAAUCAGACUUUCAGCUAAUAGAAUUUCUUUCCUCUUUCCCUGCACAGGUUGGCUUGCUGGGUAUUCAAAUGAUCUGGACACGAGAUGCUGAAGAAGCAUUGACAAAUGCAAAAUAUGAUAAGAAGAUAAUGCCCAAAACAAACCAGUUUUUCCUGGAUCUUCUCAAUACUUUGAUAGACAUGACAACAAAAGAUCUGAGUCCAAUAGAGCGCAUUAAAUAUGAGACACUGAUCACAAUUCAUGUGCACCAACGGGACAUAUUUGAUGACCUGUGCCGUAUGCAUAUCAAGAGUCCUACAGAUUUUGAAUGGCUGAAACAAUGCAGAUUUUAUUUCAGUGAAGAUGCCGACAAAAUGAUGAUUAACAUCACAGAUGUGACCUUCACAUAUCAAAAUGAGUUUUUGGGCUGUACAGACAGGCUUGUUAUUACACCUCUCACAGACAGGUGCUAUAUUACUUUAGCUCAAGCCUUAGGGAUGAGCAUGGGGGGAGCACCAGCUGGGCCUGCAGGAACUGGAAAAACAGAAACAACAAAGGACAUGGGAAGAUGCCUUGGAAAAUAUGUUGUGGUCUUCAAUUGUUCUGAUCAGAUGGAUUUUCGAGGACUGGGAAGAAUUUUUAAAGGUCUUGCUCAGUCUGGAUCAUGGGGAUGCUUUGAUGAGUUUAAUCGCAUAGAUUUACCAGUAUUGUCUGUUGCUGCGCAGCAGAUUGCAAUCAUUCUGACCUGUAAGAAGGAGAGGAAGAAGAGUUUCAUUUUUACUGAUGGCGAUAAUGUGGAAAUGAAUCCUGAAUUUGGGCUUUUUUUGACAAUGAACCCUGGAUAUGCAGGCCGUCAAGAGCUGCCUGAAAACCUGAAGAUCAACUUCCGUUCUGUGGCAAUGAUGGUUCCUGAUCGGCAGAUCAUCAUCCGUGUCAAACUGGCUAGCUGUGGUUUCAUUGAUAACAUUGUCCUUGCAAGGAAGUUCUUUACCCUAUACAAACUUUGUGAAGAGCAAUUGUCUAAACAGGUACAUUAUGACUUUGGCUUGAGGAACAUAUUGUCAGUAUUGAGGACCUUGGGAGCAGCCAAAAGAUCAAAUCCCGAAGACACAGAAUCUACCAUAGUUAUGAGGGUCUUGAGAGAUAUGAAUCUUUCUAAGCUGAUUGAUGAAGACGAACCCUUAUUUUUAAGCCUGAUUGAGGAUCUUUUCCCAAGUAUUCAACUUGACAAGGCAGGCUAUCCAGAGCUAGAAGCUGCCAUUAGUAAACAGGUUGAAGAGGCUGGCUUGAUUAAUCACCCUCCAUGGAGACUGAAAGUUAUCCAGCUCUUUGAAACACAAAGGGUGAGGCACGGCAUGAUGGCCCUGGGUCCUAGUGGGGCAGGAAAAACUACAUGCAUCCACACACUUAUGAAAUCCAUGACAGACUGUGGGCAGCCACACCGUGAAAUGAGAAUGAACCCUAAGGCCAUCACGGCACCUCAGAUGUUUGGACGUCUUGAUGUUGCAACUAAUGACUGGACAGAUGGGAUUUUCUCCACUCUUUGGAGGAAAACAUUGAGAGCAAAGAAAGGAGAACACAUUUGGAUAGUUCUUGAUGGUCCCGUUGAUGCAAUUUGGAUUGAGAACCUGAAUUCAGUCCUUGAUGAUAACAAAACACUAACACUAGCUAAUGGAGACCGGAUCCCUAUGGCACCAAAUUGUAAAAUUGUUUUUGAGCCUCAUAAUAUUGACAACGCUUCUCCUGCCACAGUGUCAAGGAAUGGCAUGGUGUUCAUGAGCUCAUCAGUUCUGAAUUGGAGUCCCAUUCUUGAGAGUUUUCUGAAGAAGCGUUCUUCACAGGAAGCUGAAAUUUUGCGACAACUGUAUGCAGCAUCUUUUCCAGAACUGUAUCGAUUUAGCAUCCAGACAUUGGAGUACAAGAUAGAGAUGCUGGAGGCCUUUGUGAUAAUGCAGAGCAUUAAUAUGCUACAGGGCCUUAUCCCUUGUAAGGAGCAGGGAGGAGAAAUAACAGCAGAAUUCCUGGAACGACUGUACAUCUUUUCUCUGAUGUGGAGUGUUGGAGCGCUGUUGGAAUUGGAAGACCGUCGCAAGAUGGAGCGCUGGCUUCGUGGGCAUGAAACAAUAAGACUUGACCUUCCUAAUAUCCCUGAAACAAGUGAAGACACUAUGUUUGACUACUAUGUUACAAAUGAUGGGAAAUGGAUGCAUUGGAAUACUUGUGUUGAAGAAUAUGUCUAUCCUAGCAACAGUACUCCAGAGUAUGGCUCUAUCUUGGUGCCAAAUGUUGACAAUGUGAGAACGGACUUCCUUAUCCAGACUAUUUCAAAGCAAGGGAAGGCAGUGCUGCUAAUUGGUGAACAAGGGACUGCUAAAACUGUCAUCAUCAAAGGGUACAUGUCAAAAUAUAAUCCUGAAAGCCACAUGGCUAAGAGUCUAAACUUUUCAUCAGCAACUACUCCUCUUAUGUUUCAGCGCACAAUAGAAAGCUAUGUGGACAAGCGCAUGGGCACAACUUACGGUCCUCCUGCAGGAAAAAAAAUGACAGUUUUCAUUGAUGAUGUGAAUAUGCCUGUAAUCAAUGAAUGGGGAGACCAGGUCACCAAUGAAAUAGUUAGACAGCUGAUGGAGCAAAAUGGAUUUUAUAACCUUGAGAAGCCUGGAGAAUUCACCAACAUCAUAGAUAUCCAAUUCCUGGCUGCCAUGAUCCACCCUGGUGGUGGGCGCAAUGACAUCCCUCAGAGAUUGAAGAGGCAAUUUUCUGUAUUUAAUUGUACCCUGCCUUCUAAUUCAUCCAUUGACAAGAUUUUUGGUGUGAUUGGCAUAGGACAUUAUUGUAGCCAACGGGGCUUUGUCGAAGAGGUGAGAACAACUGUUGCUAAGCUGGUACCUCUGACACGGCGCCUUUGGCAAAUGACCAAAAACAAGAUGCUCCCAACUCCAGCCAAAUUCCAUUAUGUUUUCAACCUCAGAGACCUUUCCAGGAUUUGGCAAGGAAUGCUUAACACCAUCUCAGAAGUAAUCAAUGAAUCAAAUGUGCUCAUAAAACUAUGGAAGCAUGAAUGUAAGCGUGUUAUCGCUGAUCGUUUCACAAUUCCAGAAGAUGUGGCUUGGUUUGAUGUGGCAUUGGCAAAACUGAUUGAAGAGGAAUUCGGUGCUGAUAAAAAGGCACUCGUACAUCCCAAUAUUGAUGCAUAUUUUGUGGACUUCUUAAGAGAUGCACCUGAAGCAACAGGUCUGGAGAAAGAAAAACCUCUAAAAGGAGAGGAGCCAGAAGAAACAGAAGCUGACAUGCCUAAAAUAUAUGAACCCAUUGAGUCCUUUGAUCACUUGAAGGACCGUUUGAACAUGUUCUUACAGAUAUAUAAUGAAAGCAUCCGAGGAGCAGGAAUGGACUUGGUAUUUUUUGAAGAUGCCAUGAUCCAUUUAGUAAAGGUUUCUCGGGUAAUCCGCACUCCACGUGGAAAUGCCCUGCUUGUUGGAGUUGGUGGGUCUGGGAAGCAGAGCUUGACUAAAUUGGCAUCAUUUAUAGCUGGCUAUGAUAUGUUCCAGAUAACAUUAACAAGGUCUUAUAAUACAUCCAACCUGAUGGAAGACCUGAAGCAUCUCUAUAGGACAGCUGGACAGCAAGGCAAAGGAAUCAGUUUCAUCUUUACAGACAAUGAGAUAAAAGAUGAGGCUUUCUUGGAGUACAUGAACAAUGUCCUGUCGUCAGGAGAAGUUUCCAACUUGUUUGCUCGUGAUGAAAUAGAUGAAAUUACCAGUGAUCUCAUAUCUGUUAUGAAGAAGGAGCAUCCACGGCGGCCUCCAACCAAUGAAAAUUUGUAUGAUUAUUUCAUGACCAGAGUGCGGCAAAACCUCCAUGUUAUUCUCUGCUUUUCACCUGUGGGUGAAAAAUUCCGAAAUCGAGCUUUGAAGUUCCCUGCCCUCAUUUCUGGUUGUACUAUAGAUUGGUUCAGCCGUUGGCCUAAGGAUGCCCUUGUUGCAGUGUCUGAACAUUUCUUGUCAUCCUACGAGGUUGAUUGCACAGAUGAAAUAAAAAAAGAGAUGGUGCAAUGUAUGGGUUCUUUCCAAGAUGGAGUUGCUGAGAAAUGUGUCGACUAUUUCCAGCGAUAUCGUCGGUCUACGCAUGUGACUCCCAAGUCUUAUCUCUCAUUUAUUCAGGGCUAUAAAGCUAUAUAUAAAGAAAAACAUACAGAGGUGCAGACUCUGGCCAACAGAAUGAAUACAGGAUUGGAGAAACUAAAAGAAGCCUCUGAAUCAGUGGCUGCUUUGAGCAAAGAGCUGGAAGCCAAGGAAAAAGAGCUCCAGGUGGCCAAUGAAAAAGCAGAUAUGGUUUUGAAAGAAGUCACAGUAAAAGCGCAGGCUGCUGAAAAAGUGAAGGCUGAAGUACAAAAAGUGAAGGACAAGGCCCAGGCGAUUGUAGACAGCAUCUCUGCAGACAAGGCCAUUGCAGAAGAAAAAUUGGAGGCUGCCAAACCUGCUUUAGAAGAGGCUGAGGCCGCUUUGCAGACUAUCAAGCCUGCAGAUAUUGCCACCGUCCGCACAUUAGGUCGACCGCCACAUCUUAUCAUGCGUAUCAUGGACUGUGUGCUACUGCUAUUCCAGAGGAAGGUAAAUGCUGUCAAAAUAGAUUUGGAGAAAAAUUGCACCAUUCCUUCAUGGCAGGAGUCCUUGAAACUGAUGACGGCAGGAAACUUCUUACAGAAUCUGCAGCAAUUUCCAAAGGAUACCAUUAAUGAAGAGGUGGUAGAGCUUUUGAGCCCUUACUUUGAAAUGGUGGACUAUAACAUUGAAACAGCUAAGAGGGUCUGUGGAAAUGUGGCUGGUAUUUGUUCAUGGACAAAAGCGAUGGCUGCCUUCUUUGCUAUCAACAAGGAAGUUUUGCCUUUAAAGGCUAACCUGGCUGUCCAAGAGAACCGUCUGACAACUGCCAUGUUAGACCUACAGAAAGCUCAGGCUGAGUUGGAUGCUAAGCAAGCUGAGCUAGAUAUUGUGCAGGCAGAGUAUGAGAAGGCCAUGAGGGAGAAACAGACACUGCUUGAGGAUGCAGAACGCUGCAGGCAUAAAAUGCAGACAGCUUCCAGUCUUAUUAGUGGUCUGGCUGGUGAAAAAGAAAGGUGGACUGAACAAAGUAAAGAGUUUGCUGCACAAACAAAGAGGCUUGUGGGGGAUGUACUGUUGGCCACAGCCUUUCUAUCCUAUUCUGGUCCCUUUAACCAAGAAUUUCGCAAUCUUCUGUUGAACGGUUGGCAAAAAGAAAUGAAAACCAGGAAAAUCCCAUUUGGAAACAAUCUAAAUCUCACAGAGAUGCUGAUUGAUGCUCCGACUGUCAGUGAAUGGAACCUUCAAGGGCUGCCGAAUGAUGACCUAUCCAUACAGAAUGGCAUCAUUGUCACAAAGGCAGCUCGUUACCCUUUGCUGAUUGAUCCACAGACGCAGGGCAAGAUCUGGAUUAAAAAUAAAGAAACUAGGAAUGAACUGCAGAUAACCUCUCUAAAUCACAAGUAUUUCAGGAACCACUUGGAGGAUAGCCUUUCUCUUGGAAGGCCACUGUUAAUCGAAGAUGUUGGUGAAGAGCUGGAUCCAGCUUUGGAUAAUGUACUGGAAAAAAAUUUCAUCAAAACAGGUUCUACAUACAAAGUAAAAGUUGGGGAUAAAGAAAUGGAUGUAAUGAAUGGAUUCAGACUUUAUAUUACCACUAAGCUUCCAAAUCCAGCCUAUACUCCUGAAAUCAGUGCUCGCACCUCCAUUAUUGAUUUUACUGUCACAAUGAAAGGACUGGAAGAUCAACUUCUAGGAAGAGUCAUUCUAACAGAAAAACAGGAGUUGGAGAAAGAGCGAACUGAUUUAAUGGAAGAUGUGACAGCUAACAAAAGAAAGAUGAAAGAACUGGAGGAUAACUUGCUGUAUCGACUGACAAGCACGCAAGGUUCUCUGGUGGAAGAUGAGAGUCUCAUUAUUGUACUUAGUAACACAAAGAAAACGGCAGAAGAGGUGACACAGAAAUUGCAAAUUUCAGCUGAGACUGAAGUACAAAUUAAUUCAGCCCGGGAAGAAUAUAGACCAGUUGCAACAAGAGGCAGCAUUCUCUAUUUCCUGAUAACAGAGAUGAGCAUGGUCAAUGUCAUGUAUCAAACUUCACUUCGACAGUUUUUGGGUCUGUUUGAUCUUUCACUUGCCAGGUCUGUCAAGAGUCCAAUUACAAGCAAGAGAAUAGUAAAUAUCAUUGAGCAUAUGACCUAUGAAGUAUAUAAGUAUGCUGCACGAGGGCUUUAUGAGGAGCACAAGUUCUUGUUCACUUUACUACUUACCUUGAAGAUUGACUUGCAGCGAGGCAGAGUGAAGCAUGAAGAGUUCCUGACACUGAUUAAAGGUGGUGCUUCGUUAGAUUUGAAAGCUUGUCCUCCUAAACCAGCAAAAUGGAUCCUGGAUAUGACUUGGUUGAACUUGGUCGAACUUAGUAAGCUGAGACAAUUCUCGGAUGUACUUGACCAAAUCUCACGAACAGAGAAACAGUGGAAAAUUUGGUUUGACAAGGAGAAACCAGAAGAAGAACAUGUUCCCAGUGGUUAUGACCAAGCUUUGGAUUGUUUCAGACGUCUUCUUCUUAUAAGGUCUUGGUGUCCAGAUAGAACCAUUGCUCAGGCUAGGAAGUACAUUACGGAUACCAUGGGGGAAAAAUAUGCAGAAGGGGUCAUCUUGGAUUUGGAGAAGACUUGGGAAGAAUCUGACCCACGCACCCCUCUUAUCUGCUUCCUUUCAAUGGGCUCUGAUCCUACCGAUUCCAUCAUUGCUUUGGGCAAAAGACUGAAGAUUGAGACUCGCUAUGUUUCUAUGGGUCAAGGGCAAGAGGUCCAUGCCCGCAAACUCCUACAGCAAACGAUGGCAAAUGGUGGAUGGGCACUUCUACAAAACUGCCAUCUAGGUCUUGACUUUAUGGAUGAGUUGAUGGACACUAUUGUGGAAACAGAGACUGUGCAUGAAGCUUUCCGCUUGUGGAUGACCACAGAGGUUCACAAGCAUUUCCCUAUAACCCUUCUACAAAUGUCUAUUAAAUUCACCAAUGAGCCUCCCCAAGGACUCAAAGCUGGCUUAAAGAGGACCUAUGGGGGUGUGAGUCAGGAUCUCUUAGAUAUUAGCAACAUGACACAAUGGAAACCAAUGCUAUAUGCUGUAGCCUUCCUACACUCCACAGUCCAAGAAAGAAGGAAAUUUGGACCUCUUGGAUGGAACAUACCCUAUGAGUUCAAUCAAGCUGAUUUCAAUGCUACUGUACAGUUUGUUCAGAACCAUUUGGAUGAUAUGGAUAUGAAAAAGGGUGUGUCUUGGAAUACUGUUCGUUACAUGAUAGGGGAGAUCCAGUAUGGUGGGAGAGUCACCGAUGACUAUGACAAGAGGUUGCUUAAUACAUUUGCUAAAGUGUGGUUCAGUGAAACCAUGUUCAGUCACGACUUCUCUUUCUACAAAGGCUACAGCAUACCCAAGUGCACUGCAGUGGAUCAAUAUCUUCAGUACAUACAGGGCCUGCCUGCUUAUGAUACACCAGAGGUAUUUGGUCUGCAUCCCAAUGCAGACAUAACUUACCAGAGCAAACUUGCAAAAGAUGUGCUAGACACCAUUCUGAGCAUUCAGCCAAAAGACAGUUCCAGUGGAGGAGGAGAGACCCGAGAGGCUGUGGUUGCUAGAUUAGCUGAUGACAUGCUGGAGAAGCUUCCUGCAGACUAUGUACCUUUUGAGGUAAAGGAGAGGCUUCAGCAGAUGGGUCCAUUUCAGCCCAUGAACAUCUUCCUGCGACAGGAAAUCGAUAGAAUGCAGAGGAUUAUUGCUCUGGUUCGAAACACUUUGACAGAUCUAAAGCUUGCCAUUGAUGGGACUAUCAUCAUGAGUGAGAACUUGAGAGAUGCUUUGGAUUGUAUGUAUGAUGCAAGAAUUCCUGAGCGCUGGAAGAAGGCCUCUUGGGCUUCUAGCACUCUUGGAUUCUGGUUUACUGAGCUUCUUGAGAGGAACCGGCAAUUUCACUGUUGGAUUUUUGAAGGGCGGCCAAACUGCUUUUGGAUGACAGGGUUCUUCAACCCUCAAGGAUUUUUGACUGCAAUGAGACAGGAGAUAACUCGAGCGAACAAGGGAUGGGCAUUGGACAGUGUAGUUCUGUGUAAUGAGGUAACCAAGUGGAUGAAAGAUGACAUCACAAUUCCUCCUUCCGAAGGCGUCUAUGUAUAUGGCCUCUACCUGGAAGGAGCUGGCUGGGAUAAAAGAAACAUGAAACUCAUAGAGUCGAAGCCUAAGGUGCUUUUUGAACCAAUGCCUGUGAUAAGAAUAUAUGCAGAAAACAACACCUUAAAAGAUCCACGGCUGUACUCGUGUCCAAUCUACAAGAAACCGGUUCGGACAGACCUGAAUUACAUUGCUGCGGUGGACCUUCGGACCACACAGUCUCCUGAACACUGGAUAUUGCGUGGAGUUGCUCUACUUUGUGAUGUCAAAUAAAGUUUAGAAAACAUAGCCAUGUUAUUUUAGGGCUUUUAGAAUAGACGCCUUCCGCUUUGCAGUUUUCACCUCACCAAGAACUAGAUAGGUGGCUAGUUACCAAAGUGUUUGGGGUGUGUUUAAAGAAUCUGAAAAGCAUCUCACUUUCUUGACUUUCUCUCAAAAUUUUAACAGGCUAACAGCAUAGAAAAACCAGAAUUUUCAGGAAUAGAAAUGUAUAUGUAGAUAUUUUCU